ACAUUUUGUCUAUAUAAACACCUCAACUUGUUUAACACUCCAAUUGAUCCAUCUUAUCAUUACUACACACUCACUACUUUGCUCCCUAAUCACUUCUCUUUCACACAAACUUAUGAAAUAACCUCGCAAUCGAUCAAGAUGAAGAAGAGAUUAGCAGCAAGCACCAUCGAUGAUUCCACUAAACUUGAUCGCAAAACCAUCGAAAGAAACCGCAGAAUUCACAUGAAAUCCCUCUGCCAUCAGCUUGCUUCUCUUAUUCCUCCCAACCUCAAACCACCCAAAUCCAAGCUGAUGCUAGGGCAGCAGGACCAACUGGAUCUCGCAGCAAGGUACAUAAAACACAUGAGAGAGAGAAUAGAGAAAUUGAAGAGGCAGAAGGAGCAAGCGAUGUUGAACCAAAGCAGUGAAAGAAAAAUGUUUGAUAAAAACGAUGAGACCAAGUUGCCAAUACUUGAGCUAAGAGACUUGGGUUCCGGCAUCGAAGUGAUGCUGGUGAGUGGGUUGAACAAGACAUUCAUGUUGUACGAAGUAAUCAGCGUUCUUGAGGAAGAAGGUGCUGAAGUUGUCACUGCAAGCUUCUCAACUGUCGGAGACAAGUUAUUUUACGUUGUUCACGCUCAGGUUAAAAUAUCAAGAGUUGGCGUGGAGACGACAAGGGUAAAGGAUAGACUUCAAGAAUUUAUUGCCCCAUUAGAAAUUUGGCCGGAAGACGUGUGAAUCUUAACAGCUACUCUGUACCUCACUAUGUACUAGUUUCAGAGCUAUGUCCUGCCUUUCUGCCAAUCAUAUUAAUCUAUAUAUAUAU